UACGGCUGAAGAAGUUACGAAGCAUACUGACGUAGCCGUCCAGUGGCAAAACGUGUCGAAUCGGUUGAGAUAUUAUAAAAGAGAGUAUAAUGCAGUGAAAGACAUGCUAGCAGCGAGUGGGUUUGGUUGGGACAAUGAGAGGAUGGUGGUCACGGCUCCAGAUGAAGUCUGGGAGGAGUAUCUUAGGUCUCACCCACGUGCCGAACGACUCCGAGGGAAACGCAUCGAAAGGAUGGAUGACCUUGCAGUAAUUUGCGGAUCUGACCAGGCCACCGGACGCUAUGUGCAAGGCAGUAGGAGUAUGGCUGCAUCAGCAUCAUCUUCUCGUCUUCAGCGAGAUCUUAAUGAAUCAUGGAGAGAGGUUGAUGAUAUGGAUGAUACUAUUGACCUAUCAGAGGAUUAUGUAACAGACUCCACAGGGACCAUUCCAUUACCAUCGGACAGUCCUGUGAUGGGACAUCAUGACUCCCGCAGUACUCCCACUCACACUUCUGAUUCUGAUGUUAACAGAGGAGGGACAGGUACACGGAAACGUUCGCGUUUUCCUCGUCCCUGUGAUGUAUUGGGGACCUCUCUGCAGACCGUAGCCGACUCGAUGAUGAAAUUUGGGCUUGGCGAAGAGGUCAAUCGCACAAGCAAGGUUCUUGAUGUGCUAGAAGAGGUGAAAGGCCUGACCAGCUCUGAAUUUCUUGAAGUUGGUCGGAUCCUGAGUAAGGACAAGUCACUUGCGUCGUUCUUUGUCAGUCUCCGACCCGAGCGUCGAAUGGAGUGGUUAAAGAAAACACUCCGUGAUCACUUUGGUGAUGGAGGUGUUGGACCUAUCUGACAUUGAAUGAAUGGUUGUCUUAAUCUGUUUUUAAAACUGGGCAUGUAAUAACUUUCUACUGUUGGUGUGUUUGGUUUGUUUUUUUUUUUUUGAGUGACGUUUUUUUUUAACUGCUACUUUGGACUUUGAUGUGCUGAUUUUCUGGGAUUAUCAUUACCACUAUGACUUUUGUGAUUAUGACUAUAUCAGAUUAUUUGUUACUUGUCUUUUCGUAUAUCUACCAAAAUGCAUGCAUUAUGCACGUUAAGCCGGAACGGAGCACACACUUGAUUUACUGGAGGAUGGUACGUAUAACGACCUUUUCAAUUCUUGUUCAGGGUAAA